CAGGAUUUGGGCGAAUUUUGGGGUAAUUCAGGUCUGUUUUAUCCCCUCAGGUGAUGCAUUUUUUGGGUCAGUACAUCAUGGCAAGGCAGCUCUACGACAAGAGGGAGCAGCACCUCGUGCACUGCGGGGGAGACGCGCUGGGAGAGCUGCUGGGGCUGCAGAGUUUUUCUGUCAAGGAUCCCAGCCCCGUGUACGAGAUGCUGAAGCGGAACCUCACAGCAGCCUCUGUCCCCACAGAUGCCGYUCAGACUCUCCCAACGGAGCCAAACGCCGCUCAGCCCCUCCGAGACCGGCCCCAGGAGGAAGGAUCCGACUCCGGGAUCGCCGAGGGCGACGGGAAAACCUCGGUUUUGGGGGCAUCGGGGUCGAAAUGUGAAGACCAGGAUUCCCUGGAAAACCUCGGGAAUAACCCCAGACCCAGCCUGGAGCUGGCCCUGGACGAUUGGGAYGUUUCGGGGCUGCCCUGGUGGUUUUUAGGGAAUCUCCGCAAUAAUUACAAUUCCAGGAGCAACGGAUCCACCGACAUCCAGACCAACCAGGACAUGGACACGGCCAUCGUGUCGGACACCACGGAUGAUCUGUGGUUCCUCAGCGAGCGCCCGUCGGAGCCGGGGAACGCCGGGAACCGGACAGAGCCUGAGGAGCUCCCGGAGGGCGACCCCGAGGUGCCUGAGGCCGCUCCCCUGGAGGAGCUGGAGGAUUCCCAGAGCCUGAGCGACGACACCGACACCGAAACCCCGAGCCAGGUGGGAAUUGUGGGGAGCAGCGACCCCACUGCUGCUGCUUUUGGGGUGGGAAAAGAUGAGAAAUAG